AUGAUUGAUUUAGGACAUAUACCAGCAUGGUGUUUAUAUCCAAUUUUGGAAAAAAUGGAACCAGAAAAGAUAGCUGAAAUAGCACCAGUAAACAAAGAUCUUUCAGAAGCAUGUUUAUCUCAAACAUUGUGGGAAGAUAAGUAUAAUAAAAAGUUCAAUCAAUUAACAUAUCAUAUAUCUAAGUCACCUAUGAAUGUUGACUGGCUUGAAAGCUAUGCAAAGCGUAAUUCAGUUUCAUUUAACAUUGAAAAUCACAAACCGAAAGCAAAAUCAUUUAAAGGAACCGAAAUUAAUCAAAUACACAGUUAUUCUAACUCAUUUGCGUUUUCAGGAAAGGAUAAUCUUUCAAUUUAUGCUUAUGAUUAUUUGGAAAAUGGCUGUGAAUACGAAUCUAUCAAAAGCAUUCCUUUUAAGUCUAAUGAUUUUCUUUAUGUUGAUCAAAACACUAUUGUUUCCGUUGCAGAUGAAGUUCUUUCAAUGAUAAAUGUCAAGACUGGUCAAAUUGCUGAAAUAACCAAAGGAAUUGGUAAAAAUCCACUUAUGCAUGCAAUUUCUCCUAAAAUGUUUGUUGUUGUUACAGAAAGUCGCGGUUAUGUUUUUGAUACAACAGAUAUCACAUCUCCACGAUCAGAUUUUAAGCAUAUUGGAAAGCCCAUAGCAUUAGGAUCCAAUAAUUACCACUUAUAUAUCGCUACAUCAAAAGAUUUAAUGUGUAUUGACGUAUAUAACCCUCAUGCACCCAUUAUUUGGAGUUUUUCGGAGCGUGAUGAUGUUAAUGUUACUCAUUGCUCAUUUAAUUAUAAGGCAGGAAUUGCAAUUUAUGGAAAUCAAGCCAUUAAACUUAUAUCUGGCAGAAAUCUUUUUACUUUUGAUGAACAGAACAUAUCAACAAGUGCUAUACUCAAUAAUGGAAUUGCUGUAUUAGGAACAAUGACAGAAGGCGUUAUUUACUAUGAUAUCAACAAGAAAUUGAAGUUAGGAACGCAGUUAUUCGGGGAUGAUGAAAAGAUAAGGUUUAUAUAUCAUAAUGACUUAAACGACAAAGUUGUUAUUGCUGGAGACUUCAAUGUACACAUUGUCGCUCCUCAUUAUGAGAAAGAAGAAUUUGUUAUAUCAGAAGUCAGAUCCCCACUUAAAUGUGGAUCUGUUCGUAUGAGAAUGAUCGAGAAUUUUGGAAUUCUCAAGCAAAUUAUUUUUGAUGGUGAAAGAAUUAUCGCAAACAUGGGAGAUUUUGUUAGAGUAUAUGAUUUCUAUACAGGAAAGCUUGCUGAAAUUACACCCAAUUAA